GACUCGCUGCUGGCGGCGCCCAUCAUGCUGGACCUCGCGCUGCUCACCGAGCUGUGCCAGCGCGUCAGCUUCUGCACCGACUCCGACCCUGAGCCGCAGCGCUUCCACUCGGUGCUGUCCCUGCUCAGCUUCCUGUUCAAGGCGCCGCUCGUGCCGCCCGGCAGCCCGGUGGUGAACGCGCUCUUCCGCCAGCGCAGCUGCAUCGAGAACAUCCUCAGGGCGUGCGUGGGGCUCCCGCCGCAGAACCACAUGCUCCUGGAGUACAAGAUGGAGCGCCCGGGGCCUGGCAGCAAGCGAGCCGCGCCCCUGGGCGCCACCGGCCCACUGCCCUGCAAGAAAGGAGCGGCGCCCGCGGCCCCCAACGGCUGCACUGGCGACACCAACGGGCACCCGCAGGGAGCGCCCCCGAUGCCCACGGCCUGAGGCUGCGAUGCUUGGUCCGGCCCCUGCCCCGCAGGACUCGACCCUCCCUGUCCCCAGUACAAUAAAGCCAGCGUCCCCCUGCCGA